AUGUUUAUAAGUUCCGUUUUGGAUAAGGCAAACAUCUACUUACUCUGCAAGGUAGACGUGAGAGACAUGAUCACACAGCUCUGUCGCCCUGUGCUACGAAUUGUUCCCAUACGAACCUUGUGUUCCACAGUACCCCAGCUUGAAUACGAAAAAGCAGCUGAAGAAUCACUAGAGAAGCUCACAGAUUACUUCGACAAUCUACCUGAUCGAGUGCAGGUAUCGCAAGACUACGAUGUAACGCAUGCGAUGGGUGUACUGACUGUGGUGGUUAGCAAGGAAGUGGGUACUUACGUGAUCAAUAAACAGUCUCCCAACAAGCAGUUAUGGCUGUCUAGUCCUAUGUCUGGUCCAAAACGAUAUGAUCUGAUAGAUCAUCGGUGGAUCUAUAGUCAUGAUAAGGAAUCGCUCGAUACUCUGUUGACAAGAGAAUUUAGAGAAAUUUUUGGAACUGAAGAUAUAGAUUUCAAGUCUGCUGUAUGAACUAGUCUUGUUUGUAUUCUUAUGUAAACUUAAUGAAUGUCUAGAUCUACGA